AUUCAUACGAUGUAGAGACAACUUAGAGAACGAAGAACCGAAGGAGGAAGAUGAAAACUGUUAGACGAGACGCGCUUCAACGGUCUGAUCACAUCUAUACUGAUUGUAGUUGGGGACUAUACUAUCACCAUGGCAUAUAUGUGGGCAAAGCCAAGGUCACUAACCCCAAAAAUGGAGAACAAAGAGAAAUAUAUGAUGCAGUAAUUCAUUUAUUUGGACCUACCAAGGACAGUUCAAAUGCUCAAUGCCAACAAUGUUUUCACCUGCCUCAAAAUGCUGGGGUUUCCAUAACCUGCCUUGACUGCUUCCUUGGAGGUCACUCCCUCUAUGUCUAUAAAUACGAUGUCUCCUACUGGAAGUUGCGGCUUAAGAGGAGUGGAACUUGCAGUGUUUGGUCUUCCAAGCCAGCGGAUGAGGUUAUUCAGAUAGCAUUUACUCUCCUGGAGAAAAACUCCUUCGGAAACUACAACUUUUUGUUUAACAACUGUGAGGACUUUGCAACCUACUGCAAAACAGGUCAGGCCACGAGCAAUCAAGCAGCUGGGGUCUUAUUUGGAUUUGGCUUGCCUGGUGUUGUCGGUUACAAUGCUUUAAAAGAAUUGUACUUCAGGAAUUGAGAAAGAAUGAAAACUGAUGAAAGGGGUCUUAUUUUGUUGGUACUCAACUUAAUGGAAGGGCUUUAUUUUAGGCUUUGCAAUGUCAACAAAUAAUUGGUCAAUUGGCUUGGCUCUGGUGGAAGGGUGGGGUGAGGAUAAUGUUGGUAGAGGCCUAGGAUUUGAAGUUUACUGCUCUCUUUAUCUUGUACCAAAAAAAAAAAAAAGAGAAAUCACUAAAUAAAUGGUAGUUCUUAUUUGAAGCAUUGAGAUUCAA